AUGGCGCCGUCCUCUACCAAGCAGUGGAUUCUGGCGUCGAAGCCAUCCGGAGCCCCUAUCUUGUCUGGCCCUGACGCAACAUUCAAACUCCAGACGGCAGGGUUGCCUGCCCUUAAGGAAGGUCAAGUGCUAGCCAAAGUGAAAUAUUUCUCCAAUGACACGGGACUGCGCAAUUUCAUCGCGAGCACGGUGGCCCCGGAGCGGUUUUAUGUACCCACUGUCCCCGUCGGCUCUCCAAUGCGCUCCGGUGUAAUCGCCGAAGUCAUUGAGUCUUUAUCGGCUUCUUACAAGCCAGGAGACUUGGUCAUGGAUUUCCAUCUCGGAGUUUGGAGCGAGUACAUCGUACUAGAGGCAGCAACAUGUCAACCUCUGGCCCCACUACCCAAUGGGCUCCCCUUGACACACUUCCUGGGUGCCUUCGGCGCCUCCGGCCUGGCGGCCUAUGGCGGGCUUUACUUCGCAGGUGAGGCUAAGCCGGAGCAUACCAUCGUAAUCUCCGCAGCUGCCGGUGCCACUGGUUCGAUGGCCAUUCAGAUCGCCGUCAAGCUUCUCAAGGCGAAGAGGGUGAUCGGCAUCGCCGGGUCGGACGAGAAGUGCGCAUGGGUCAAGAACGAGCUCGGCGCGCACGAGUGUAUCAACUACAAGAGUCCUACGUUCUGUGAGGACCUCAAGGCCGCUACGCCGGACGAGGUUGAUCUGUACUUUGAUAAUGUGGGCGGGUUUGUGCUGGACACGAUGCUGACGCGGAUCAAGAAGUUUGGGACCGUCGCCGUUUGCGGUGCUGUCGCUUCAUACAAUGCCCAGGACAAGCCGAUGGAGCUGAGCAACUGGUUUGAGCUUAUCUCCAUGAGGAUCACGAUCAGGGGAUUCAUCAUGUUGGACUACAUGGACAAGGUGUCUCAGAUCCUCGCAGAGCUCAUUGGCGCUGCUGCUGACGGGAGGAUAAAAUUGGACCACGGGGAGACCAUCGUUGAAGCGAGAAUUGAGGAACAGCCAGAGAUAUGGAUGCGGCUCUUUAGUGGCCAGAACCAAGGCAAGCUUCUGACGAAGUUGAUUGUUGACUGA